AUGGAGCUUUGUUAUAACUCACCACAGGCUCCACCUCUGGUUGUCUCGUCAGGUACCUCACAUGUAACGGCAUAUUUUUCCUUCGUUGUCGUAGGUCAAAACGCCAAAUUUGCCUACUUGUACAUUCCUCUGGCAACUACCACUGGCUUCGAUUUCACCUCCUGGUCGCGCGAAAGUCUUGAGUACUUUUGGUGGAGCCUGGUUCGCCUCGAGUGCCUCGAGUUGGCCUGCUACUUUCCAUCGACUGCGUCGUUCCACGUAAUGGUGUGCACGGCUGCGUUGGAGUGCCUCCUGCAGGUGCUGACCUCGUUCCCAGCACCGCCUGGCGCAGUUCCCGCGGGUUUCCAUCAGGCACUCCAGACUUUCUUCAUUCGAGGCCUGGCCAAAACAUCGCCUCUUGACGAUUAUGCGUCUUGUAGGUUUGCUUUUGCUGCGAAUCCCCUCUCUAUGCUAAUAGCUGAAAUCUCCGACCUGGAUGAAGUGAGCUCGGUUGCUUCUUCGGCCACCACCACCACCACCGCAACACCAGCUGUCGUCCAUGGCGAUUCUGAAGGUGUCACUCUCGUCAUGAGACCCCUCGUCCCUCCCUCUUCGGCACCACCAGUCUCACGUACUUCGCCUUCGAGACCUCGUCUGUCCUAUCAAGAUGGAUGUGGGGAGGGGAAGGAAAGGGGAGAAGACCGGGCCGCCACUAACAGCGGUUUUGACGAGCUGCUUUCGACCGGUAGCGAGGCCCUCGUCACCUCGGUUGAGUGGUUCUUGCCGCUGUUUGCGCGUCGUUUCUGCCUGCUUCCGGGAACACAACAGUCGAGUCGGACCUCCGCCCAGUCAUUGGCGGUUUCGUGUUUGGCCAAAUUGACCCUCAGUCUCCCACCGCGGGCCUUUUUUGAGCCCCUCCGGCCAGUGGAUGCGGAUGGGGAGAAGCAGGAAUUAGUCACGGGGGGUAGGUUUUGGAUGCCCUGUGAGAGGUCUCCAUUAUUGCGAAAUUCGUGUAAACACUUACCACGACGGAUGCGUUCCACGGAUGUGUUUUUUCGGCAUAUCGAGCUGUUUUUUACUGAACUGUUAAUGGAAAUGGCCUUGAACCUUCUGCAACACAGUGACCCCCAGGUUAGGGGAAACGCGUGCCAGCUUGUGGGCAACCUCUUGAGAAUCGCGGCGUCCCACACACUUGCUCAGCCCACCUCAAAUCUGGAUUUAAGUGAGCAGCUCUGUCAACUCAUUGCUAACUUGGAUAAACUACUCUCGUAUGAAAAAUCGGGAAUCACCUACCGAAUGGCUAUUAAGGCUCUGCGGAUCUGCGCAAAUCCCCUGCUUCACUUUCCUACCCUGAGGGUUCCCGUCGCCCUAGUUGAUUGUGUGUCCAGACACUUGAUGGGCUCGGCACGACACCCGUACCGUCUGGUCAGGCGUGAGACUAUCCUCCUUGUUACUUCCUUGGAUUGGGCUCAACUGGACUACCUGGAACGCCAGUGGUACGGCUGUGUGCAGAAUGGCCGUGUCAGGCGAAUGGUCGCGGCUUCGCCUUUGUCCACUGUCGCCUGGAGUGAAUGUUUACGGCUUUUUGCCGAUGCCGACCGGUCUCUAGGUCGAGAAGCCUUCAAUGCUCUCGUCAUCCUCGCCACCACCACCUCCACUAAUCCCUCUUAUCAAGUCGACCUGCGAGAACACCUGUACAAAUCCAUUACCAAUUGUCUUUCAGACGAUUCGGCCCUUUCAGGCCUGAACGUCGUCACAUAUCUUCUUCCUCCUCAAGACUCACCUUCGAGUGGCUUUGAGAAACACCUUCGUGCUCUGACUAAAGACCUUCCAGAAGAUGUGUGCAUAUCAGCACCACUGAUUCCCAACAGUCACUCACUGAAGGCGUUGCCGGGUCCCUACAACUACCAGCUUCGUGGAAUGCAGAGAGUAUUUCGAGAGCUCGUCGAUUGUCUCCUAGAACUCCCGCCUACUUGUAGCUCUACUGAAGAUCGUAAUAUGAUGCAUUCUCUCAUAUUCGGUCUCACUGAGUUACUGGGUCGACCACCAAUCACGUCAAACCACCUCCUUUGGUACACGCCUGCAUCCCGAAAGCCGGCUAGAAUCGAUGAACAGGCGGUUGAUCCUAAGGCGCCUCUCGCGAUCGCCCGUUUCGCCCUGCAGCGGUAUCAGCGCAGACCGAAAAUGGCCCUCCUCUGCUGGCACUGCCUCUCCUUACUCACCGCAUCCCCUGUUUCGACGACAGACCUACAUUUGCAGUCGGAAUUGCUUAUCUUGGUGUCCGGUUGUAUCCUCCGUUGGGGAAUUAGCAGUCUAAUGGAGGGGAGCGUGCCAAGUGGCGGAACAAUGGAACUCCAUCCAGAUCACGCAUUUACCCGAGUCUCUCUGGUGCUGCUUCGUCACAUUGGCAGGCUCCUUUCAAUAUUUUGGCACGUCUUUCAAGGAAUUAAACCGACCAAUCCGACGUCUUUCCUCUCCGGCCUCGUGAGUGGCUCAGUUCCCAUCAAUAGCGCGCCCAUUGGCGACAGCAGCGGGGCCAAGGGUAAUCAGCCGUGUCCCUCCCAGAUCAGGGACACGUUGCAAAGUGCCCCCACCGCGGCAACCUCUCGUCCCACCGUUGCAAUGCAGCUUGUACAACCUUCCGAUGACGAAGAAGAAGAAAGUCGCUUGGUCAUUGGAAGUCGGAACACAUACGGCUACUUUGCCGGCCUUCCGCAUUACAUGGAUCUAUACGACACGUUGAAGGCCUCCUUUCACUCAUUUAAGUCUUCCGAUUUUUCAACAAGCGCUGAGGAUUGGACCAUGGAAUUACUGGCCUCGACCUUGAGGGCAUUCUCGCGUUUGCUAGAAGGUCUUCGGUUUGCCGAGGUCGUCCAAAUGGUUGACGAGUUUCUCAAAUACCUAGAAGUCUGUUUCACUUGGGCACCCUCACUCGCUCUUGACGCGGCGCUCAAUCUGUUGAGGGCGUUGUUCGGGACCAACCUCUCUAGCAUCUGGAGCCCCGAUUUGGCAAGCAAAUUCCGCGUCGUUUUGGAUGGCGUAACUGGCACACGAGCAGCCGGUGAGUGCAUUCUGUUUCCCUUCACUGCAGACUAUCCUCGACGAGAUGUUGUCUUUGAACAGCCAUCGCCCUGCAGAAACAGUCACGGCACAUUCUUUCCACCGUCGACUUCACAGCUUGUCAAUCUUACGCCAUGUGAAGUGCCCAAGGCCAGCAUUGUCGAGCUGAUUAACAGCCUUCACGAGGCCCAUUUCAGGACGGCGGAGCUCUGCAGCACCGGUGGAGGUGAUGUUGGUCGGGAACCGAUGUCGAAUGCACAGUCGACACUCGUUGACUGGCUGCUAGCCUCGCGUCAGCCUCAGCAGCCGGCCAUGCUUCGUCCCUCCUCAAUGCCAUCCAACAUUCAACAGGUGUGCUUGUGUCCAAAUUUGGCAUACUACAUUCGGCUGUUCGAGCCUCUGGUUUUGCAAUGCCUACAUCAAUACCGUCUGAUAACUGACAUAUCGGUUCAGGCAAAGAUUCUCGCAACCGUGACGAUUCUCAUAGAACUUGGCGUGAAUUAUUCACAACUGGAUGAGCAAUUCUACUUUUUGAAAACUGUGAUGACUCAGUGCGAGGCAAUGCAGCACAGCAAUGCCAACGCUUCAUACAGUCAACAUGCUUCAUCAAAGGACUCAGCCCAACUGUUGUCCAGCAUGUUCCAGUUUUUCGUGGCUCUUACGUACGAGCGAAGCAGCGUGUCAGUUGAUAAAACGUCGCACCCAACAGUUUUAUCCCUGUCUGAGGUGGUGCACCUAGCGGAGGUUCUGGCAGCCGGUGGCGUGGACGUGGACUCAUUUGUGGUCCCUGCUCUCGCGCCUCUCGUGGUCGACGUCUUCGUCCAGCGCGGUGCCCGCUAUCGCCUGGCCUUGCGGACGCACCUACCGGAUUCACCACACGGCAGUCUGAAUGAGGCAAACGUCUCGCUUAACAAGGACCUUCUGCAAUGGAAUGCCUAUCGCGAAAGCCUGCUUCGCUUCCUUCUGCCGAAGUUCAUUGUCUGCCCGUCGAGUUACGACUUGCUGUGCGUAAUUAUUGAGGACGCGCUGCUAACAGACGCAACGUUGAAACUGCCCAAUGACUCGCCCGACUCCAUCUCCUACAAAUUCGCAUCCGAUGUAAACUAUGCGUUUGUGGAUAUUCCGUAUGCUUUUAUUUGUCAAAACCUGCUCUCCGGUCUGGCUGCAAACACCCUCGCCGUGGACGACUGUGGUGCUGUUGACGCCUGUCUGCGUCUUCUCCAUCGCCUUGUCGCCUAUGAUUGGCCCAUCACGCAGACGGUAGACGGGGGCAUUACGCUAGGGGAGCUUCUGAAACACCUGCUGUCUGUGUUCUUUGCGAAGCCAUCACACGAAGUUUCUUCAAACCAGUUACCGGUUGAUCAUGCUGGCGGCAAUGGUGUUGGUGAUUGGUUAUUCUCUUAUUUUUUUCUCUUUCAGUCUGUUCGUUUGUUCCAGCGAUGGGUGGCGUCCAAGUACCUUUGUCUUCGAUUUUUGCUUCUGCUCACCAUACAGCAGCCGUCUUGCCUGCAGCAUGCUCUUCAGGAGCACAUCCAGGGCACAAGUCAAUGCCCAGAUUCUGUCCUGCUGGAGCACUUAUUGGAUCUUCUAGAUGAGACAUGCACCGCUCUUAUUGGUGAACUACCAACGUCCGUGGACGAGUACUUCUCUGACAAUGUUGAGUCCCCUUCUCAGACACCCCACACGGUGUUCAUUGGACAGCUUUUGAUUGCUCUGGAAUUAGAGAUUCUGGCAUUCAAUAGACUGCAUUGCUUUUCGCCAAUGGGUAUCCCAAAGGAAAAGCUUGAGCACUUGGGUGCAAAGCUGUCGAUCUACAGCCGUUUGAAACCACUGUCUACAGUUCUUUGGCAGAAAAUUCAGUGCGACGUUUUUGGAUGCGAACCCGUCGUCCACCAUCAGGCAGCUCACCAUCUCCACUCUGAACUCGUGCAAGAGACUGCCUUUGUGAUUGAGUGUGAUAGGCGACACAGGUUGACGGAAGAUAUCGAUCCGUUUUUUAAGAAAGUUUUCUUCACUGGGAGAGAGGAUCAGGUGUUCCGGUUGGAGCUAGGUCAGCUUCAGGAGAUGGUAGCUUCAGUAACCAAUGCUGAUGAACGAUGCCUGCUUUUGAAGGAGAUGAUAACCGUACUAGGCGUCGGGAUUUUUGGCGCUAAGAACCCCGACGAAGUUAUGAUUCGUCUCGGCUACAUGAGGGCCCUAUCCGAGGGAUUGCUGAAGCUCCAUCCCACUUCGGAUGAUGCCCACUGGAGUGUUGUAGAAGCCCUGAUCACAUCACUUCAUGACUUCCUUUCCUCGGGAUCUCGCCAACUGAUUCUCAAUUGGCCCAUUGUCCGCAGGGAAAUCGAAAUUCUCUUGAAACGCCUUUUGAGGGAGUUCUUGAAAGAGGAGGCUAAAAAGCCAGCCAGUGCGAUGGAGUUUAUUCACGCACUGGAUUGGAGAAACCUAGCAUUGUCCACCAGCGAACUCCAGGCAUCACUGAUGAGUUUAUCUUGCAUAAGACAGCCUUCAAGGGAGCCAGAGAACGACCGGAGAACUUCUCAAGAUCUCGUCGAAGAGGUAUUCCACAGGUCAUUAGAUGUGGCAGUUAAGGAUGGCGGACGUUUGGCAGCUCGGCUUUUGCAUUUGAAGAAACCUACUGGAGAUCUCCAACUCCCCAAUAAGCUACCCUCCAGAUUCCUACAACAUGUCGUUCGCAUUGGGUUUGUGGAGACGAUGAAGCGAUUUAAUGCCAGCGGCAAAAAAGAGUUUGUUCCUGCCGGCGAGGACACAUUUGAAACCGAUCCGGUAUGGCAACUUGGGUAUGUAAUAACGUCAACUAAAGAACUUGUCUUCAAAGAGCUCUUCAGUCGUCAGACGCAAAAGAACACGAAACUCGCCACCGGCGUGGACCAGCAAAGAGAGUUGGUGGGUGUGGCUGCCGCGACGAUCGACUUUUUGCUUCUCUCCAACCGACUGCCGUUGCCUUCGGAACUCUCCACCGCAGAAGUCGAAGCAAUCUCUGCUUUUGUGUUCUCCCUAACCCAGACCUUCACACACCUGACCCUUGCGACGUGUCAACCCCCUUCUCCCUGCCUCCUGAGCCUGCCUCUCUUGGCCCUUCACCUCCUAUCGAUAGCGCUGUCCACGUUCCCACAGAAACUCCUUGCCAGCCUGGACGAUCGCAAUACGGCGUUUGACACGCUCACAAGUUUUGUCGAAGCAGUGAAUAUUUCGGCUUCUCUGACGACUCCCGUGACGCUGUGUUGGCCACACGAAACCGAAGAAAAAACCGAUUGCCUAGACACCGUGGUGUCUCGCCUGCGGUCCCUCCUGGUCCCCCAUUUGCCAGGCCUUUUCCAUCAAACCGGUUUCUCUUCAGCUCACAUCCCUGCCUCCGGUCUAACGCGAUUCACUGAGGUGCUCAACAGCUUCGCGGUAAACUCGACGGGAGCUGCCACUGAACACCUGGGAAGUCAUGUGCAACUUGCGAGCGCCGUGGGACAAUGCCGCCUGCUGCAAGUAGACUUCGCGCAUUCCCUGAAGAUGAAGGCCUCUGACCUGAACGCCCAAUAUGCGGCUGCUCUUAUUGCCCUGUGCCGCCGUCCCAAGAUCAUCGUCAAGCUGCUUCACCGUGGCGUCUUCGUUGGUGGCGGCAACCAGUUGAAUCCCGACCGCGCUGCCGAAUUGGAUCGUGACAGCCUCGCCGAGACCUCCGCGUGGCUCCUCUCUCUCGGCUGGCUCGAUCGAUCCAUGUUUGAGUCCACCUGGACGUCCUUUCUUGCUGUUUGCACUCCUCCCAACGACUCGGCUGAGCGUUCUGAUCACGAGGAAAAUCCCUUCGCCAACAGUUCCGAGGAGCAGGUGGAGUGGAGUCAUUGUCGGGUGAUUGGAAUCAACGCGCUAACACGGCUCCUCCUCAGCACUGAGCUUCGUCCACACCCAGGCGACCCUCUGCGGAGCUGUCCCGACCAUCGUCCGCGUCUCUCCCUCCUGCCCCACUUCAUGCACACACGGCUGGGUGGGAAGAUCGGCAGUGUUCUGAGCGAACUUGAGCGGGAGAUGACUACUUGGUUCUACGACGUAACCGCGACUACCUCCUUGGUUGGUUGCGGUGAGGGGAACUCUGGGGCUGGUCUUUCAUGGCUCUCCACCAAUCUGGACCUCGAAUACCCCGCAGUUCGUGACUCCCCAGGGGGACAAAGAUCGAUCGAGUGCUUGGUCAAACGGCUGCUCCAGUCGCCUUCUGAUCCGUCUGGUUUCGAGGUAAACACGGUUUUGUCGUGCCUUCAGUCGAUGCGCCUGGUCCACCAAGCCUGGCUUCGGCCGUACGAGAUUCUCCUCCUUAGCAGAACUCGCCCGCAAACCACCACUCCGGACAACGUCGUAUCCCCGACCAGUCCCUCGCAGAAAAACAAGAUCGCGAAGUUCUUUAGGCGAGGUGGACGCCCUGCCAGCUCGAGUGCCGGCAGCAGCUUCCCUCAACUGGCCUUUGAGGAGUCGAUUUUGUUGACUGGAGUUCUGGCGAACGGCGGCAAGGCCCAGGACGUGACGCCAACAGAGACCGAGAACACGCGGGAGGCCGGAUCGGAUCUGGUGCCUGCUGUCGGGCCACUGCCCUCUCUUGCCGUCCUGAGUGCUGUGGUCAAAUCCGCGGUCGUGUGCAGCGACCUCUUCACCACAAGGGAGCAAUACCUCUGGCUUAUUGGCUGUCUCCAAGCGGGUAGGCACUAUUUCACAGCUAAUGACUCCCAGUACACCUCUUCCUUAUUCAACGUUCUUUUUUCCUCUAAAGUAUCCCAUAGUUUGCCGCCAAUUGGUGAGGGUUUCGAGGCUCCGAUUUACAUUUGGCUGACAAGCGGGUUGGCGAGGUGCACGGCUGUCCUGGAGGCCACGCUGCUCUCCUCCUCGGCCUACGCGUCGACUGUCGGCGGCGGCGGCAGGUUGGAGGCGGCGCCCCAGCAGCACCACUCCGCUCCCAUCCUCCUCUCGAGCAACCUCGAACCCGCGGUCAGCCAUGCCAUGGCUGCCCUGCAGUCGCCGCUCAUCGCACUCCAAGAUGCUGGCCUGCGAGCUGCCAUGGAUCUCUUCCAAGCCUCCCUUAUUCUCAAAGCCACUGGCCAUCCAGCGAUGCUGCAGCCACAGUUGCUUGCUAACCAGCCAACUGGGUCUGGUCUUAUCAACGAACUGCUUGUCAAGGUAAGAGGCGUUUCCCUUGACGUAAGUCCGAGCAGCUUAUUUGUUGAGGCGUUGGACACUGUGUUCCCGCUUGGUGAAGCACCUGUCUUUAUUUGCCGACCCACAAAUUUAGGCUCUUUGGGUCGUUCUGUAGCCCAACUGUUUCCAGAAGUCUGUUCGUACCUGGACAACAGACUGCGUUCCCUCUUCGGAUCAGACGCCACCUCGUCGAAUCCUCCGCCUUCCACCACAAGGUUUUCCCUGCCCUCUGGAAGUAGUAACGCCUUUUUGAAGCUGACCUCCAGUUUCUCCCGCAACACCUCCACACGUGGAACGUCGCUAUCUCUUGACUUCCCCGAUUGGUCCUCGUCCAUUCCGGAGGUGUGGGAUUGCGCAAGUGAGCGAGUAUCGCAGCAUCAGCUGACGGUUUUGGGCGCGGCCUUCUUCGUCGUCGAGCAGUUUGCCUCGGCAGGCGAGGCGUCUACGAUCGGACGCCUGAUUUCCCACCUGAUCAGAGAUCUGACGUGCCUCGCCGAGAGCAUGCUAUGUGACGACCUGCGCGCUUUCAUGCCGCCUGCGCGUCUAACCGAGGUCUUCGCGUCCCGUUUCGCUGGGACUCAGGCAUCAAUGGCUUUUGCGGGGCCGGUGCUGUUUGCGUGGACUCGUGGAAUGCAACGUCUGCUACUGGGUGGGCGGAUCAGCCGUGCAAAUUGUGAGGCACUGGCAAAACUGGCGGCGGAUCGUCUGGCAUCGGCGAACUCGAUUCACAUGCGCCUCCCUGCCCUCAACCUCCUAGUCACGUGUGUCUACUCAAUGCACUCGGACUUCCUUUCCCGCGCAACUCCCGAUCGAGAUGCUGCAUCAGCAGAGCAUGUCCUGUCUUCCUCACAGGAAUACCUCACUUGCCUCUGGGAGCGUCUUCGCGGAGGUGGGCUCACAGGGGUGCGCGGCUCGGGUCCCCACAUCGCCCCUCUUGAUGCCCGUUGCGUCGCAUUGGCCCUUCGGGCCUUGAUCGAGAACCUCGUCCGUUCGGUCCUCUCGUGCGACUACCAUGUGCCACUGUCCGCGUUGAAUGGACUGGUGAACAAGGCCGUGGCGGAGAUUGCUCGUCUCGACCAAGACUUUCCUCGUCUUGCAGCUAGUUUGCUUUACAAGGUGCGUCGAAGCCUCUUCAACAGAUUCAGCGGCUAUGCGAGAUAA